AUGACCCACCAAUUCCCACAGGACACAGCAUCCUAUUUCGACCAUCCCAACUCACCACGGCCUGACCCUGAUGGCAGCACGCCGAUUUCUCCAGGGACGAUUCCCUCAAGUCUUGUCAAAAACACUACUCGACCGUCAUUGUCUCUUCUUGGCUUCCUUAGCCGCCGCACGAGAUCCGACUAUGACUCUGUACACAAACGGGUCCAUGUGCAGGCUAUCGAAGACGAUGGUCCAGCGCACCAACUAACUGUCAAAAGUCCUCUCUCGCAGCCAGAAUCUCACAAUCCGCCUAAUGCUAUUGAUUCUGAUACAGACUCGAUCGGCGGACGACGGUCGAGUCUAGAAGUGCCAUCCUCCCUCGACGCUUCUCAUCCAACUGAACAGAGACCUGCCAGAUCUGCCUCCAAGACUCACGCAUACCCCCCUCGACGGCCACGAAUUGGUCAUACCUGGAAGCGAACGCAGUCAGGGAGUGUGUGGUUUGAGACUCGGAAGUCGACGAUCGAAGGUCUCCCUACUCUGCCAUCUUCUAGCUCUCAUGCUGCUAAUACACCUCCAGAUCAGCUCCCGGUACGCCGUGAUCAGACUCCGUUGGCACCGCCGAAACCAAGACAUGUUUCUCAUUCACAUGUGUCAGACUCAAGCAACAUUCGAGUGGAAACCCCCUUCUCUGAGUCCACCGUGCAGGAUGUACCGCAAGAAGAAAAGAUGACCAAGAGAAAGGAGAAAAAAGUGACAUUCAGUCCCAAGACGAUGUUUUCGGCGCCAUUUCAGUCAAUUCGUCGGCUGAGUAGAUAUGGACGUCAUCAGACCACAAGUCGUUCAGAGGAAGCUGCCGGGGCAUCGGCAGGUGCGCCCCAGAGUGACAUGUGGAUGGCAGAUCACUCAAGCUUGUUGAAAAGGAAUUAUACCUUCCAGGCGCUUCAGCGCGUGAACAGCGUCCUCCAGGAUCCGACGACGACGGCGUCUCGGUCGAUUUGGCCUGCCUCUUUGAACCCACUGCGAUCCCGAGCUCAAACAGGGGCUUCACGAGGUCCGGUUGAUGUGCCUACAGCACAAGGUUUGGUGAUGCCAAACGCAAUGCUAGCAGGCAAGAGCAAUGAUGCUAUAUCAAUCAAAUCAUACACGUCAAGCCAAAGAGCCAUGUUGAUGGGGAUGCAACCUAGCAACACUCCUGAAGAGAAAGCAACCUACCGGAUCAAAAGGAGUGCAAGUGCUGAGACGGAGGAAUAUCUCACAGUUGAUAUCAGCAUCCGGGGAGGGACCAGUUAUUUACCAAGUGAAGCUCGGCGAAUUCACACCCCGCCGCUCCCAGACCAUACGCAGGAUGGUAGAUUGAAAGGUUUCUUUUUUGAUUACAACGCACCGAGGAGUCAGACAAGUCUGGAGCCGGUGCAGCGCCGGAACAACAGAACAUCCAAGCGCGUGGUUCGAUGGAAAGACUGGUAUGAUUUGAAGCUGGCUGAAUUGGAUACAUCAGACGAGUCGGAUCUAUCAUCAUGGCCGCGACAGGUCCAAGGGAUAGAGCAGCAGGAACUGGACGAGAACAUCCCGGAACAUUUCCCAAGCAGCCCACUUUGUCCGAGGAAUCCACGGUAUUGGCGAGUGGUGCAGGGAAAAGGUAACCAGAGUCGGAGUUGUUGGAUGCAUGGGACAGGAGAGUACGAGGCUGUGGCCGGAAUGAAUGGCGCCCUAGAAUUAGGACAAGCAAUGAACAGCUGA